AUGUCAUCUACAGAUCCGAACGUGAAGGCGACCUACUUUCUUCGGCCCGUCGAAGGAAAGGGCCUCCGUCCAAUACCACUGUCCGAGUCCGAGGGCACCGUCGUUGGCCGAAGCAAGGAUCUGGGCAUCCUGGACAACAAAGUUUCCGCAAAUCAGCUGGAAUGUAAGCUGACGUAUUCUCCGAUGCUCGCCGUAGAGCUGAAGGCUAAGAACGAAGUCUUCGUGAAAGAUAGGUUCGGAGUUCUCAAGAUGCUGAAGGCGAACUACGUGGGCUAUUUGAAGCCUGGCGAGGUUCUGUAUCUGUAUUCUUCACAAUCUGUGCCGAAGUAUGGAUACAUUCUAACGAAGGGUGAAUCGGACAAGGCCGGCCACACGGGAGCAGACGACUUCAUAGAAUUACUCGACGAGUCAAGUGACGACGAUGUGGUAGAGGCGGCACCGCCACCCUCGGAUCGCACCGCCCCACCAGUUUCCCCGGAAGGAACACGGCGUGAAGGGCGCGCCGAUGCGCGUGCAGGACGAGAGGGAGGCCAUACAGCUCCACGUCGUGCCGUUAAGCGACAGAGAGACGAUAGGAAAGGUACCGCAGAUGAUCCUUGCGAACUUUUAUCUUCUGAUGAAGAAGAAGAAGAGGUCAAAGUGCAGUUCACUUCAAAAGCUAAAAGCGCUCGCGGUCGCAAGAGCACGAAGAGAAACGCGUUUUAUGGUGGGCAAGAAUCGGGCGGCGGUGGCGAUAGUUCGCAUGGAACGGCGAACGCUAGAUACAAGCCGCAGCAGACAGAGCGCGACGCACAACGCAACGCGCGCGCUCAGCAACAGCGAGGAUACGGGAGUGCACAUGGCGCGGGUCCAACUACUGGGUCUCAAUCUGCGCAGCAUUUCACCGCGGAUAACGUGCAACCGAAACCUCCAACGCCGCCUCCUUCGCAUCCAGAUGACACACCGGAGGUAUCCGCGACGCGCGCGACUCUGCAGAAGGCGUGGAUCGAUUUGUGCGCGGCGCAAGACAAGUGCGACGAGCUCUUCACCGCGGUUCGUUCGAAGCAAAUCGAAUAUCAACGCGUCACCUUGGAAGUGCCUUCGAGAUUUAACGGCGACACUGAUUCUUCGUCCCUCAAAGAGCACAACAUGCGCGUUAACAAUGCCGCGGCUGAAAUGCAUCUCGCUAUGAACGAAUAUAACGAUAUACGUGGUGCGAUCGUAGUACUUCGUGCAAAAUAUCAACGCGCACGCGAGGAGCUUGACACUGCACUGCAACUGCUGGAACGAGGACGUCGAGCGGCAGCGCAAACGCGCCGAGACGAGACAAAGGCGUCUGAUUUUCAGGCAGAAGUUGAAGCAUGGGAAACUGUCGAAAGAACGCCUGACUUGAGCACGAUUCCAGUGAGUGAGCUUAAGCAGCUCGCGACGGCAAUGGGAGUGGACAUCCGAGGUUGCGUUGAGAAAAAGGAUUUGGCGACGGCAAUAACGACUAGACGAGAGAGUGGAAGAGAGGCUUGGUUGGUAAAGAGAAAGAAACGCGCGGCAGAGGAGGAGAUCGCCGUGCGACAGCGACGUAAGCUAGCUGAGUUGCGAAAGGAUGAGUCCAAACGACAGGCUGAUGAGUCUGCGCAGGCGAGCGCGAAGCAACGUGCGGUCCGACAAGUUGCGACGUGGGGCAAGAACGCGGACCUCAGGGUCUUCUUGCAGCGGUGUGGCAUACCCGUGGAGGGAGUUGGAAGGAAUAAGAAGUCCUUGACCGCGGCGUACCGGCGCGCGAUGAUGAAAUAUCAUCCCGAUCGAACUCGCGGCGCGAGCAUGGAACAGCAAGCCCUGGCCGCGGAGGUAACGAAGUGGAUCACGCAUGAGUGGCAGAAUCUCUCGUGA